AUGGCAUCGGCGAAGAACAGCUCCGCCGUUGACGGAAGCGUGGCGGACAUUGCGCCCAACAACCCUCUCCAGUCCGACUUCAACGUUACCGACGACAGCAGCAUCGACUCCGACGAGCGUUAUCUGUUGAGUCAUGGUACGCCGGUAUCUGCGCCUGAUCCACCUGCUCAUCAACCCUCGCUCUGCGCGCUGGGAGUGAGCAUGGGGAGGCGUAGAUUGAGAUUACACGGCAUGAACUUGGGCAUUCACAUGCGCGAAAGGAGAUGCUAUGACCAUCCAUCGAUGCCCCCCCCUCCCUGUAUCGCUCUCUUCACCGGCAAUGGCAGUUCUUUGAGAGCUUCGCCGCAAGCUUCGCUAACAGCAGCAGCCGCGCUCUACUCUGUUGGUGGCAUUCGCACGACCUUCACGAUUGGUGUUGGCGCUGGUGGACCCGCAGCUUAUUGGUUCGAACUUCGACUGUCCACGAUCUUGACCACGCCCAUACUGAUCCAAUCUAGGUCAAGCUACGUCGUGACUUGCAUCUUCGUCUUCAUUACGGCUGCUGUGCUCGCCGAGAUCUGCUCCGCAUUGCCAGCUGCGGGUUCGAUCUAUUUCUGGGCAGCUGAAUCUGGAGGACGGCGCUAUGGUCGACUGUUCGGCUUCAUUGUCGCUUGGUGGAGCACCACCGCGUGGACGACUUUCGUCGCCAGCAACUGCCAGGCGGCCGCCAACUUCCUGCUCUCCGAGAUCACAGUCUUUGGCUUACCCUUCUCGACCGAUACUAGCGACAUCCAUUUCCGCGCCGUGCAAUGGAUCGUUGCGGAGUGUUUCCUUUUCCUCGCGGUCGGCAUGAACUAUCUCAACCCGAAGACCUACCGUACGAUCUUCCGCAUAGCCGUCGGUAUCAUUCUCCUCGACUUCUUCUUGAACAUCAUCUGGCUGCCGAUCGCCGUCUCGAAGACAUAUGGCUUUCACGAUGCCCGUUACGUGUUCACGCAGACCUUCAACGAAACGGGAGCGCCACCUGUCUGGAACUGGAUGCUUAGCUAUUACGUGACGGCUGGCAUCUUGGUCGGCUUCGAAGCUUCCGGACAUAUAUCUGAAGAAACGAAGAACGCCAGCGUUGUGGCAGCUCGUGGUAUCUUCACUUCGGCUGUUGCUUCGGCGAUUAUCGGCUUUCCGCUGGUCAUACUCUUCUUGUUCUGCUUGCCGGAUCUCGACACCCUCUACAGCCUUGGCGCCCCUCAGCCAUUCGUCGAAAUCUACGCUAUGACCAUGGGACGAGGCGGUCAUGUCUUCAUGAACGUCGUCUGCAUCUUCGGCUUAAUAUUCAACACCACCGUUGCUGGUGUCGCGAGCUCUCGACUUAUCUGGGCUGUUGCCAGAGACGGUGUACUUCCAUUCUCAGGCUGGAUCUCGCAAGUGUCUGAUAAAAAGGAGCCAAGGAACGCCAUCAUUGUGAUGCAUGCCGUGGCGGCGCUGCUACUGUGCACUAUCUUACCCUCGCCGGUAGCCUUCACGUCUCUAGUGUCUGCCGCUGGCGUGCCCACCAUCACCGCAUAUGCGCUCAUUGCAUUCGGCCGAGUCUUCCUUACGCCAAGGCAGUUCCAGCAUUCUCCGUGGAGUCUGGGCAAGUGGUCGCGUCCGCUCACUAUCAUCGCGUUAGUGUGGAAUCUGUAUCUUGCAGGCGUGCUCUUCUCGCCCCUGGCCUUCCCGGUUACGGGUGAGACUUUCAACUACAGCCCUGUUAUCUUCGGUGCCAUUACCAUCUUUGGCAUUGUCACUUACCUCGUGACGCCGGAGGAGCAAUGGCUGCCUGCUGCACGCCUCGGCAAAGUACAUCGGCUUGAGGAAGAGCGCGCGGAGUAA